AUGGCGGCUACUGCAACAAGACCCCGGACUCCGGCCCGGGGCCAACCUCCUGUUGAAGCUCCUCCUAUCCCUACGGAAAAUGGUCAGGCCCAGGUAAAAGAUCGCAAAACAUCUUCGUCCUUGGGUUUCCUCCGCCGUUCCAAGUCGACUGAGCCAAUCAGCGAGAAGAAGUCUAGGAAGAAGAUGUCAAAAGCCCAGAUAGAAGAGGAACUGCGGCGCCAACGUGAAGCAGGCCCGAAACAACCUCCGCGCCUACCGGAUCUUUCGCCCCAACCGGUCAUUGAGACUUUCGGGGGUGAUGAAAAUCGCGACGGUAUUGCUGAUCUUGCCUCCCCUCUCUCACCAAGCCAACCUCGCCAGUCACGUAGCGCCAUGAGCACUCCUGUGCCCCCCGACUACACCGACCCCUAUGCCCGAACCGAGAGUAUGACCCAUCGCGGCCGCUACAGCUAUGCGAGUAGCUAUGUGAGCACUGUCAACAACCCGCGCAGACUACGCCGCCGCAAGGACCCCACCCCGUAUAACAUCCUCGUUAUCGGUGCGCGAAAUUCGGGGAAGACUUCUUUCCUUAAUUUCCUCCGCAGGUCCUUGGAGUUGCCGCCACACAAACACCCUUCUCGCUCGCCUGACGAAGUGGAAUAUGCAAACCACAACCCCGCCAAUGAAGGAUACACCUCUCAUUACCUUGAAACCGAGAUUGAUGGCGAACGUGUGGGUCUGACCCUCUGGGACUCUCAGGGACUGGAGAAGAACGUUGUUGACAUCCAGCUCCGUGGAGUCACCGGGUUCCUGGAGAGCAAAUUCGAAGACACGUUGAAUGAAGAAAUGAAAGUCAUCCGCUCGCCCGGAGCUCGAGACACUCAUAUCCACUGUACUUUCUUGAUCCUUGACCCAUCACGAUUGGACGAGAAUAUUGCAGCCGCGGAGCGUGCUGCUCAGGGGACCCAAAGAGCAUCCGAUUCUAGCGUCUUGGGCGUUCUUGACGAGAACCUUGACCUUCAGGUUCUUCGAACGGUGAUCGGAAAGACUACUGUUGUCCCUGUGAUCAGUAAAGCAGAUACGAUUACCACCGCGCACAUGGCCUACCUUAGAAAAGCGGUAUGGGCUAGUUUUAAGAAGGCUAACAUCGACCCUCUCGAAAUCCUGACUCUUGAAGACCAAGAGGAUUACACUUCGGAAGAAAGCGAAGAGGAAGAGGAGGAAGAGGAAGAGGAAGAGGAGGCCGAAACCUCGAAGGCUGAGGACGCGCGCACCAAGACUGAAGAAGGCUCGAACGAGGAGGGUUCUGAGGCUGUCUCACAAAAAACCCCAGCAUCUCCAUCGCAGCGUAGCCAGGGCUCACGUAAGGAAGAAGCUACCCCGGCGGCCAUUCCCCUUAUUCCUUUCUCGAUUCUAUCGCCUGACCGAUACUCGCUGGAGGAUGGGCCUGUUGGACGCAAAUUCCCCUGGGGAUUUGCUAAUCCCUACGACCCGGAGCACUGCGAUUUUCUCAAACUCAAGGACUCGGUGUUUAGCGACUGGCGGUCCGAAUUGCGUGAAGCUAGCCGUGUUAUCUGGUAUGAGCGCUGGAGAACCAGCCGUCUGCACCGCCAGGAUCCCAUUGUUGCGCCUAAGCAACAGACCUAUGGCGGCAGGAAAGGCCCUGAUUUCGGACAUCGCAUUCGCUAA